AUGGACGGCAGCGGACGACGGGGCGCACGACCGUCUGCUGCUAAUCUCGGUGGCUUGCGGUUGCCGCUUGCUGUACACGCGAGCCCAUCUGUCGAGCAUGACCAUGCGCUCGAGUUUGAGGAGGAGUCGCUUGCCGACAUGGUGGCCGACUUUGAGUACCUGGACAUCGAGGAGGCGACCACACGCGUGACUGCCGUGGGCAGAGCCACAGAAGCUGACGGAGCCCGGGUGCUGCGACUGCGAUCUGGCGAGGAUCUGGCGACGCUCAUUGCCGAUCGCCCUGCAGCCAAUCGCACUCUGCCAGGGUCCACUGAUCGCCUCGACACCGACCAAGUUCCUCUGGACGACGACGAGGUGCUCGAGUCACGAGCUGCUGCGGCCCUGGCGGCGCUUGUUGCUGACCACCCUGCAACCGCAGAUUGCUCUGAGGCCGACAAAGUCGUGCUGGAUGACAACUUGCCUCGGAAUGAUCAACGUCAGCUCGUUCCUGACGCCUUGCCCGAGUCCAUUCUUGGCGGAGGCACCCUAGUUGGCGGCGUGUACCACCCGGUCGCGGCUGCAGAGCUUGUCAUCGACAACUAUCUGCCAAGCGGGAGGGUGACAAUUAUCAAGGGCCCGUCGUCAGAUUCGCGGAUGGAAGCACUCGGCUGCGCGGCGUCUGCCAUCGACACAACCGAGCCGACCCUGGUUGAGCCGUUUACAGUCUCACCCGACUCGACACCACCACAAUCGCCGCGGCCAUGA